GGUUCAUCCCGAAACUUCUACCUGGUCACCUGCUCCGACAAAAACGAAGGCGACUACGAUGCAAUAGCCUACUACGCAGAUGGACCGCAAGAGAAGCCCGAAGACUGGCCGGACAAAGUGGCUCAAGUCAGCAAGCCACCAGGGACCUGGGAGGGACAUAAUCGUGAAGCCAACAUCUACGACGACAGUUGGUUCACUGCAAAGAUUUCAAGUGGAGCCGAGCAUUUGAAGAAGGGGGAGAUCGCUGGAACAGGAGACUUUGAGGGGGAGGCGUUUGUAUGUUUUAAACGAGAUGGAGAGACGUUGUAUUCCGCUUCGGAUGUUAUCUGCAGAGAGAAGUAUUGGUGCCCAUCGGUUGAUGUGAGUGAG